AUGGAACGUUCCAGCAAGAUGGAGUUCUUCAGAAAGCUGGGCUACGGCAGCCACGACGUGGUCCGGGUGCUGGACAAGCUGGGUCAGGAUGCCCUGGUCAACGAUGUCCUGCAGGAGCUGAUCCAGACGGGCAGCCGGCCCCGGGAGCCCGAGGCCAGCGACAUGCCUCGCCUGGUGCCCAGGGGCUGUGGGGCCCCGGCCUGCGCCCCCCUCAGGCUGGGGGCCAACCUGGACGAGGACAGAGGAGGCCCCUCCAGCUCCCUGCGACCCAUCGUGAUUGAUGGCAGCAACGUGGCCAUGAGCCACGGGAAUAAAGAAGCCUUCUCCUGCCGGGGGAUCCAGCUGGCCGUGGACUGGUUCAAGGAGCGAGGACACACCUACAUCAAAGUUUUCGUCCCGUCCUGGAGGAGAGGCCCCCCGAGAUCCGACAGCCCUAUUAGAGAGCAGCACGUGUUGGAGGAGCUGGAGAGGCAGGGGGUGCUGGUGUACACCCCGUCCCGCAAGGUCAACGGCAAGCGCGUGGUCUGCUACGACGACCGCUACAUCGUGAAGGUGGCCUACGAGCAGGACGGGGUCAUCGUCUCCAACGACAACUACCGAGACCUGCAGAGCGAGAACCCCGAGUGGAAGUGGUUCAUCGAGCAGCGGCUGCUCAUGUUCUCCUUCGUCAAUGACCGGUUCAUGCCUCCCGACGACCCCCUGGGCCGCAGGGGCCCCACCUUGAGCAAUUUCCUGAGCCGGAAGCCGAAGCCCCCUGAGCCAUCCUGGCAGCACUGCCCCUACGGUAAGAAAUGCACCUACGGCAUCAAGUGCAAGUUCUACCACCCUGAGAGGCCGCAGCGCGCGCAGUUGGCGGUGGCAGACGAGCUGCGCGCGCAAACGCGGGCCUGGAGGGGUGCGGGCGCCACGGAGGAGGCGCAGGUCCGGGGUGCCCCCAGCCUGCCCCCCGGCCUGCCCCCACCCCGGGGCGCGGCCGACGUCGCGACCCUCGAGAGUCGCCUCUCCCGAGCGCUGGCCUUCGGCGACGAUCCGGCGGACCCUCCAGCCUGCGCGCCCAACGCCCGGUGCCCCGACGGUUCGCUAGUUGCGCGCUCCACCCUCCCCCGCCUCGGCAGCAGUUCCCGCCCGUCCCUCCCGCUGCAGCCCGGGGUUGGGGGCAGCUCGGCCGAGGCGCCCCACCAGCGCAGGCCGCCGGUCCAUCCGUGGGCUCCGUCGGAGGGCGCAGAGGGGUUCCUGGACAAGGCGGCCUGGGCCGAGGCGAGCUGCGGAGAUGGCGCCCUCGAGGUGGACACACGCGCCCAGGCACGCGCCUUGCUCUGCAGAGUCUUCCCGCCGCAGCAGGUGGACCGAGCCAUGGCUUUGUCCCCCGUGCUCAGCGACGUCCCCAGCCUCGUCGUCCUCAUCCAGCGACUCCCAAGGGCUGACCCGCCCGUGGAAGAGCCCUGA